AUGGCUUCGCCGGCCAAUCCAAGAUCCCCACUCCAGCGCCUCGCCACCUUCAAGACCGCCGCCACGCCCACUCCCACCGCCGUCUCCGCCACUCCAACCCCCUUCUCUUCCUCACCAUCAUCCCACUUGGACACUUUCGCCUCCGACGCGAUCUUCUCCGCUUUCCUCUCCCCGGACUUCAAUCCCACUCAAUUUUCCUCCGCCGCCCUCUCCUCCGGCUCCGCCGCCUCGAGGAUCGAGAAACUCCAGGAGGGCCUCCGCCUCCUCGACACCCAGCUGCGCCAUGAGGUCCUCUCGCGCCACCACGAGCUCCUCGAUCAGCUCUCUUCCGUCAAGCUCGCCGAGUCCUCCCUCUCCUCCCUCCGAUCCUCUCUCUCCUCGCUCCAGUCAUCCGUCCGCCGGGCCCGCGCCGAGCUCUCGGAGCCCCAUCGGGCCAUCGAAGUUCAGACCCGUCAGCUUAACAAUCUACACUCCACCUCAUUAUUGCUUCAGUACUCCAUCCGCGCUCUCCGUCUCAUCCAGAAGCUGAGGAACCUCGUAGAAUCACAGUCUGAUUCAUCGAAAUGGGAUCUAUCCAAGGCAGCGCAGCUCCAUUUCGAGAUUUUGACCCUUUACAACGACUACCAUUUGUCUGGUAUUGAUGUGGUGGACACGGAAUUGAAAUGGGUCACAGAGAUCGGAUCCAAGAUCCGAGAAGAGGGGAUGAAGGUGUUGGAAAAGGGUCUCGAGAGUUUGAACCAACCGGAAGUUGGAUUGGGUUUGCAGGUGUUUUAUAACAUGGGGGAAUUGAGGGGCACUGUGGAUGGGCUAGUGAGCAAGUACAAGCAAAUAGGCGUGAAGAGUGUGAAUACUGCUCUGGAUAUGAAGGCAGUCUCGGGUGGUGGGUAUGGAAGUGGAGGGCCUGGCGGGGUGCAGCGACACGGGACCCCGCAGAUUGGGAGUGGGGCCAAGGCAAGGGAAGCUCUUUGGCAAAGGAUGAGUGGUUGUAUGGAUCAAUUGCAUUUGGUCUUGCUAGCAGUUUGGCAUUUGCAGAGGGUGUUGUCCAAGAAGAGAGAUCCAUUCACGCAUGUUCUUUUGCUAGAUGAAGUGAUGCAGUCUUUAGAAGUUUCUGAGGUGAUAUUUUGCCUAGCAUCAAAUUUUCUGGCUAAAGCACUGCAAAAUGUACUAGUGAGUCGAUGGGGUUUUUUGUCGGGUAUAGUAUGCUUUGGCUCCUUUGAGUAUGCUUUCGCUCCUUUGAGUGACCACCACAUAACGUUAGAGGUUCCCAGUACUCAGUCUCCAUGCCUCUUCUAUAAUUCAACUGAGAGGAGCAGUUGUGUAUUUUAUCUCCCAAUCUUAUAUCGUGUUUGGGAUGCUUUGACAAAAUCUUUUGCAAGCCAAAUGAAAUCUGUUUUCACAGCAUCAAGCUUUGUCAAAGAGAUAUUUACAAGUGGUUAUCCAAAACUGGUCAUGAUGAUUGAGAAUCUUCUUGAAAGAAUCUCACGCGAUACUGAUGUCAAAGGAGUUCCACCAGCUCUCAGUUCACAAGGAAAGGAACAAAUGGUAGCUUCGAUUGAGAUCUUCCAGAACGCGUUUUUAGGCCUUUGCUUAAAUAGACUGUCGGAUCUUGUGAACUCCGUGUUUUCAACGUCAAGCCGUGGAGGUGUUCCCUCUAAAGAGCAUAUUGCAAGGAUUACAUCCCGAAUUCAGGAAGAAGUUGAAGCUGUGCAGCAGGAUGGGCGUUUGACUCUCCUUGUCUUGCGUGAAAUCAACAAAGUUCUAAUUCUACUUGCACAAAGAGUUGAAUACCAGAUAUCAACCGGGCCCGAAGCCCGCCAGAUAACUGGCCCUGCAACUCCAGCACAGGUAAAAAACUUCACUUUGUACCAACAUCUCCAAGAAAUCCACACACGCAUCACGUCCAUGCUAGCCGGAUUACCCACUGUAGCCUCAGAUGUCUUAUCCCCAGCUCUUGGCGCCAUACAUGGGGUCGCUGUUGAUUCCGUGACCUCUUUAUUUCAAGCCAUGCUCGAACGUCUCGAGUCAUGCAUCUUGCAGAUUCACGAUCAGAAUUUCGGCACACUUGGCCUGGAUGCUGCCAUGGACAGCAAUGCAUCACCUUACAUGGAAGAAUUGCAAAAGAACAUUAUCCACUUCAGGGCCGAGUUCCUGUCCAGGCUUUUACCGUCCUCUGGAGCCAUCUCCACUGGAAUCGAAACCAUAUGUACGAGGCUAGUGAGGAGCAUGGCUUCUCGGGUUUUGACUUUCUUUUUGAGGCAUGCCUCACUCGUUCGGCCACUUUCCGAAUCAGGAAAGCUGAGGAUGGCACGGGACAUGGCCGAACUCGAAUUGGUUGUUGCUCAGAAUUUGUUCCCUGUGGAGCAGCUCGGCGGGCCUUACCGUGCACUUCGGGCUUUUCGGCCCGUCAUUUUCCUGGAGACGUCUCAGCUGGGCUCGUCCCCGCUUCUUCAGGAUCUCCCGCCUAGCGUCGUGCUUCACCAUAUAUAUUCGCGUGGGCCCGAGGAUCUUCAGUCGCCUCUGCAGAGGAACAAACUCACGCCCUUACAGUAUUCACUGUGGAUGGACUCUCAGGGUGAAGAUCAGAUAUGGAAAGGAGUGAAGGCCACUUUGGAUGAUUAUGCCGCGAAAGUUGGGGCAAGAGGGGACAAGGAAUUUAGCCCUGUCUAUCCUCUGAUGAUGAAAGUGGGGGCUUCUAUAACACAAAAUGGG